GAACGCAUCAUUUUUGCGUUUGUCGUCAUCAGGGAAGCUUCACUGACGGUUUUGUGUUUUCAGUCCGAUGCUGUGCAUGAAUGUGUCUUCCAGUGAAGUGUCUGUCCUUUCUUCAGAGAUGGAGUCUCAGAAUUCAAACCUAACCUGCAUCAUAUGCCUUGAACGUUUCCGCAUCCCUGUCACCAUCCCCUGCGGUCACACUUUCUGUAAAAACUGCAUCACCAUUCACUGGGACACCAAGAGCAAGUCUGACAUCGGCCCUCAGUGCCCAAUCUGCAACGAAGCGUUUUCCACCAGGCCCAUCCUCAAGCGAAACGUGUCUCUGUCGGUCCUGACUGAGGCUGCAAACAGCACCGGCCCCUCCUGCAGAGAGUCGCUCAUGAGGGGAAGUGAAGGGGCCAGAGCCAUGCUGCUGUGUGAUCGACAUAAAAAGCCUCUGGUUUAUUACUGCCGGCAGGACAAAAUGUCUGUGUGCUGCGAAUGUGGCAUCUCAGAGUGUAUGAACCAUGAGAAGGUCUUGCUGGAGGCAGAAAGGGAAAAUCAAGAGCUGCUGCUGGAAAGGAAGAGCAAGGAGGUGGGGAAACUCAUUGAGGAAACACAGAAAAGCAUAAAUGACUUGGCUGAGAAUAUCAAUCAAGCUAAGGUGACUCUUCAGCAGACUUCAACGUGGGUCAGUGUCAAAUUCUCCACCCUGAUGAAAAUCCUGGCUGACAAGCAGGAGGUGACGGAGCUCUUCAUUAAGGCGCAGCAGGAGACUGCCAUCACAGAGGCCGAGGCACGGCUAGCCGAACUUGAAGAGCGAUCCCAGAUACUCAGAGAGAGCCAGGGCCAAAUAGCAGCUCUACACAACCUCUCAGAUACAGAGCUCAUCAGGGAAUCACUGCAUGUAGAAAUCCCACGUUUCAAGGAUAUUCCCACAGAGGUAACACCAAACCUGCAGGAUCGAUUAAAUGGUGUCACAGAUGUCUUGUCCAGAGUCUCCAAGCUGGUGUCUGAGGACCUGGAAAAAGCUGUGACCACCGCUGUUGGUCAGGACAAAGAUGGUUCUCCUCAGGAUAAGAGGCCAAUACUGGCUGUGGUUCCCAGUCCAGCUGCUCCGUGUCACCCUGGUGGGAAGGAGGGCCUCAGUGCUUACCGAUGCUCGCUGACCUUUGACCCUCGCACGGCUAAUGGACACCUGUUUCUGUCGCUGGAGAAUAGGAGGGCGGAGCAUCUGACCUCUGGGCCACGUCCCGUCCCAGCCCAUGAAGCCCGCUUUGAUCACACCUGGCAGGUGCUAUGCUUUCAGGGCUUCACUCACGGACAGCACUACUGGGAGCUGGAGGUAUCCAAGCCCUGGGCCUACCUCGGGGUAACCUAUGAGACCAUCCCCAGGAAGGAGAAGGGCAAGAGGUGCAUGGUGGGUAUGAAUGAACUGUCCUGGAGCCUGCAGCUGGAUGAACAUCAACUCAGCGCGUGGCACAAUGGCCGCAGGGAGACACUGACAGGCCACUCGCAGCACAGCCGCAUCGGCAUGCUGCUGGACUACGAGGCAGGGACGCUCACCUACUACGGAGACGGGCAGACCAGGCUCCACGCCUUCCACUGUGCCUUCACCCAGGAGCUGUUUCCUGCCUGCUGGAUAGGAGAGGGGGUCAGCAUCACCCUGUGCUCCACAUGAGCCGACUCGCAGAGGAGAUGAAGAAGGGAGCCGAGUUAUAGGAACCACGACAGACCAUAGGCACAAGCUGACUCAACGUAGAGGACCCCUCCUUCACUAUUUAGCAGCUUUUUUAGUCUUUUAUUUCCUCUUUUACAACAACUGCCUUUUUAUGUUGUUUUAAGCAGAAGAACUGACUGCGAAUGGCUUCUCCUUCCUCCAAAACCUGCCCCUUGGCGUCGUAUUAUUACUGACAACAGGGCUAAGGAGACAGUUACUGCUCCUGAAGGGCCUUACAAUUCUAGUUGACACUGCCUCAUUCUGGUUUGUUUUCUCUUUAAAGUAUGUAGAAAUUCAUUUUAGCGAAAAGUCAGUUUUCAGACUAAUCUCACCUAGUCAUGUCAGAUCGUUGUACUUUACAUGAAAUAGUUUGUAGUGUUGCGAGACAAUAGACAUUACAGGUGGUUGAGCUGACAGGCAAAUGACUCAUCAUGAACAACACUGACUCAUAAAGAUCUACACACAAGCUGCAUGAAGUAUGGCUAAUAUCUGAGUGACCGCUCACAAACAAAAAACAAAGAGUUCUCUUCUCCAGACUUACAUAAUGACACUUGUGCCAUUCAGUCAAUGAAAAAGAAGUUAUUCUUACCGACUGCUCCUGCGUUGUUUAAGUAUUUUAGACAGAUUUUGGAGUGGCACGUGGGGUCUAACACACAACCCCAGCAGGCUGACAGUACACUGCAAACACGAGUAGGGUACAUUUGUCAGAUUGGACUGUGCCAGACUUCAGUUUACUCGAAAGAAAUAUCCUGAUGAGAAGCUGGAUAGCAGUCUAGAAAGUACUUUUCAAAGCAGCCACUUGUGAUAGCUCCAUGUUUAUCAUACAGAAUAAGUGGCAUCACCCUAAUGAGCUUUUUAAGAUGUCUUAUGUUCUUUUACAAUUUCUGCCAGAGCUUAUGAUCCAUCCCUCCCUUUGUUUACUCAGUGUGGUUCCUCUGAUAUCCUCAUGGAAACUCAUGAAACUCCAAACAGUCCACAUAUAGAAAAGUCAAAGCGGCAAAGAAAAAAGGGAUUUUUUUCAAUUCUAUAAAAAGCCACAUUUGGCAAUUCUCCUGGCCAUGCUUGAAUUUUAGAAAUGAAUCUUUUAAGUUGAAUUAUGCAGGGGAAUUAAAAGCUAAAAAUUAUGCUCAAGCAUGCCCGAACAGCUCAGUGCUUUCCAGAUUUUAGCAGCUUUCAUGUGUAUGCAGAACUCAUUCCGCAGCCAGGUGUGAGUCAGCGUGUCGUGUAUGGAACAAGGGCUUGCGCCAUUUGAUGACUUGGUCCUGUUGAAUCCUCACACCUGUUGCACUAGAAGCGAUGUGGGUGAAGCUAAAAUGCUGUUCAAGACUACUGAGAAUACAGAAAUGAAAAUGGAGCAACAUUUUGUCAUCUUGGGAUCUUAUGAAUGCACAAACAGUCCUGACUAAAUGUCAGGGUAAACCUGUGAUGCUGACUGUUGUGCUGGAAUCUGCUGUACUGUCCAGAUGGUCAUAGCAGGUUUUUGGCUGCCUUUUUUUUUUCAUCUUUUUGAAGAUCAUGAGUGCUUACAAAUCAUAGUUGUGAACUUUGGUAUGCUGAGGUACUUGAGGCUCAGGACAUCAUGUGUCAGUUUUUGGGAAACUGCUGUGGAUUUGCACAAGUUCAAAAGGGGUGCAUACAAGGACUACUGACUGACUAAGAAAUGAGAAGCACAUUUUCAGUCUUUUUUGGCGUAAUGGUGUUAAAAACAAAUCAUUACCCCUCCUGCUGACUCUGGAAUACAUUUAUGUAUGCUAAUUCAUUGUGUUCUAAGUGGACAUUUAAUAGCCAUCAACAUGUGACAGCAGUAAUCUGUAGAAAUAAAGAGACAGUUCUGUUCCACAUGAAUCAUUUAAUAAAAUCCUAUCCAAUGCA